ACGGAAACAUGCAGAUUCGAAUGCGCUGAUAGCAGUGACAAUUCCUAGUAUAUUAGGGCGAAAAACGAAAGUGUUCACUCAGUGUUUGAUUGCAUUUCAAUUGGAAAUUGCAUUAAGUAAUAAGUUUAAUAGUGAAUCGAACCAUACGUUAGUUGAACGGAGAUUGUUGCACUCAUAUUUUAUUGAAAGAGUAAAACAUGUCGAAUUAUUCAUUGGAUCAGUACGAUGUUAACGGUUUCGCUGUGGUGGAGAAUUUCUUAACGGAACAAGAGGCAGAUGAACUAAGACAAGCUGGCUUACAAGUGUGUCGCGAUGCACCCGAUGAUGAUCGCAAAGUGUUUGGAUUACAUUCCAAAGAAGAUUAUUACCUCGAAUCGGCCAACAAAUUGCAUUAUUUCUACGAAAGUGAGGCACUGGAUAAAGAUGGAAAUUUGCUGGUUGACAAAAUGGAAUCCAUAAAUAAAAUCGGUCACGGAUGCCAUUUAGUGAAUCCAAUAUUCCACAAGUACACUUUCGAUGAUCGCGUUAAAAAGGUUGCUAAGAAACUUGGACUGAAGAAGCCUGCGGUCAUGCAAAGCAUGUUCAUUUAUAAAAAUCCGAAAAUUGGCGGCUACGUUAAACAACAUCAAGACUCAAUGUAUUUGCUCACCGAUCCGAUUAAUGUGACCGCAUUUUGGAUUCCAACUGAAGACGCAACACUUGAAAACGGCUGUGUGUGGUUCGUUAAAGGAUCUCAUAAAAAUGGAUUACUCAAUCGAUUUGUUCGUAAUCCAGUCCCAGGCCGUGGUGAUUUAUGUGUUUAUGAAAAGCCUGAUUUGAAUCUACCCAAGGAGCAAUACAUUCCGUGUCCGGUGAAAAAAGGAUCGCUGGUAGUUUUCGAUGGUUUAACCAUACACCAAAGUGACAUUAAUCGGUCAGAUAAAAGUCGCUAUGCUUAUACUUUUCAUGUUAUGGAAACUGAAGGCACUAAGUUCUUACCGGAAAACUGGAUUCGAUUGCCAGAAGGCGAAAAAUUCGAAAGGCUUUAUUAAGCUCAGCCCCAUUUUGUCAUCUGUAAAAGAACAUUUUAUUUAGAAAUGGAAGUUUCGGUAGCAAUAAAGCUUAACAAUAAAACAUAAAUUCUAAUAAA